GUGUGCGUAUCCGAACGUUUGCAACGUCUGAUCAUGUUUUUAUAAGUUGUCUGUGGAUUUUUAGUUGUCAAAAGAAAAUGAAGUGUUUCGAUCGAGUAGGAGAAUAUUACAAAACUCGAUAAUUAUUACUUGUGAAAAUUCUCAAUAAAAUAUCGAAGUAAUUUACAAAGAUAAAUGGAUUAUUUUUUUGUGAUGGGACAGUUUAUUUUAUGAAUUAAGUGCAGUGUGUGUUAUUGAUGUGUUUACGAUUCGUAGAAUGUUCCUUGGACAUAGUUCGGAAUCAAACGACAACGACAUGCCCUAUGUUCGGUGACGGGAGCCACGAAACUUGUUAUGAUAUUACUUAAUUUGUGACAGUAAAAUUAUUCUAUCAUGUGACUUAUUGUGAAUUAACUGUGUAAGUUUAGUAAGUGCCUUAAGAAAAUUGCCGCUUUCAUAAAUAUCGUAAAUUUGGCCAACCAAUAAGGGCACGCAUGCUGUUCAAUGGAUACCGAAAAAAAAGCAACCUCAAAUGUAAAAGCAAAGAAAAGUGGACGUAAAAAUGAGAAGAAGAAAAAAACUGAAGCACAAGAAAGUGACAAAGUCACGACUUUAGAUGAUGUAUGUCAACAAAUGAGUAAGCUGGCCGAGGAUGACGGGGGUGGCAGCGUCUCGGCCAGCUCCACCGAUAGCGAAGACUUAGUUAAUGCUAUAAACUACAACACCAUCACCUCUUUAGCCGCUCUCAAGGAUAUAAUCCAAGGGGACGAUAAUGAUACACCAGAAACAGAUAGUUUUUUCCAACACUAUUUCAUGAAUCAUUGCAAUAAUUUAUCGAGCCGGAAUUCAAAUUCUCCUUUUCCAUUUCCGGAACGUCGAAGGUUAUCACAGUGUCGUGAGGAAGACGAAGAUGAUGAGAAAAAAGAUGUUGAUCUGCUUUCCUCUAAUAUCUGGGCUGGAAUUAACGAGGAUAUACUUUUUAGAAAUAGACGAAGCAACACUGCCAGGCAUACCAGUACAACAGAAUCAGAAGAUCAGAAUGCUAAUGUCGUCAGUGAGGUGACCUCUAAUACGAGCAAUGUGGCCACUGACGGACAUGAACCCCCGAAAAGGACGGUGAUGGGAGCUCGCCACAAAUUCCUCGUGACAACAACGGAACCACCGACGGCGCCGCCUUCUGUAGAGCGCGCUCUGCGUUCGCAUGUGCACAAUGCACAUACAGUUCACUUUGGCACCAAAGGUGCAGAAGAGCAGCGCCCGAACGUGCGUUCCAUUUUUGCAGGACAGAAUCUCCACCUUGACAAACAUUAUUUUGAUAGUAGUUUAAUUGAAAUUAGAUCUACAGUUGAUGGUGUACCUGACAGUACCGAAGAUAUUUGGGUUAAACGGACUGAAGAAAAAGUGAUUCCAAAGGAAGAACCUGCGGUCAUUCCAGUUGACACGACAAAGAAAUCGGAGGAUGUAGCUAAGGUGCCUGCGAAGAAUGCAGAACAAGUCAGGGCACGUUCUGGUACUUGGAGUUCCGCGACUGGGACCAAACAAAAAGAACCCGCAAAGAAGACAACGGCUCGGAAAGAAAAAGAUGUCCGCCGCAGUAGCGACGACAGGAGACAGAAACGGGAGCAACGCUUAGAUGCAGCGAUUACGAGAAGCACACAAUCUGUGGGCGAGCGCAAGCGCAGAAGCUCUAGCGAUGACGGUCAGGCGCAUCCUAUGUAUCAGCAAACCAUUCAUGGAACCUCCGGGGUGAGCAGGAGGCCUGCGCUGUUUGAUAUACUCAAGUCAAAAACGCCACGAGGUGAAGUCAAGAAACAACCCUCGAUCAUGCAACAAGUGAUGGCGGCUGUCCAGAAUAUGACCAAAUCAAACGCGCCUGCCAAAGAACCUGCGAAACCGGAGGCUCCGAAGGUGGAGCCAGCAUUGGCUACUCCAGUGCUGAAGGCUAAGGAUGGAUCAGCACACCCACACCCUGGUAGUGACACGAGGUAUUACCACACAAUAACCGCGGCGUCAACUCGCCGUCCCAGUGCCAUGGCAAAAGUGAUGGAGAUGUUCCGCGGACGAGCCUCCGUGCCUGGUCAGACACUGCCGAUAGAGGGCGCUGAAAAAAGAAAAGCAAGGGCGAUUGCUCAGCAACAACAGCAUGCUGCAGGAGCUCACCUGCGCAGGGCAACGUCUCAGGAUGCUGAGAAGCGCCGCUCAUCGUUAGGACACGUGCCGACUAUACGGCACAGGGCAUCCGACGCUUUCCUCGAUCCCCAUCAUGCUGCCAUACUAUUCCGAGAUUCACGUGGGUUACCGGUUGCGGACCCGUUUUUGGAAAAAGUCAGCCUUUCCGACCUAGAGGAGGAUGAGUCCCAGAUAUUCGUGAAGUUCUUCAAGUUCCACAAGUGUUACGACCUGAUACCGACUUCGGCGAAGCUGGUAGUGUUCGACACGCAACUCCUGGUCAAGAAGGCGUUCUUCGCACUCGUCUAUAACGGCGUGCGUGCCGCUCCUCUAUGGGACUCGCAGCGGCAGAAGUUCGUGGGAAUGCUUACAAUCACGGACUUCAUCAAGAUACUGCAGAUGUACUACACAAGUCCGAAUGUCGCUAUGGAAGAGCUAGAAGAGCACCGACUUGAGACUUGGCGCCAAGUCCUGAAAGGCUCAGUGGUGCCGCUGGUGUCGAUAGGGCCGGACAACUCUCUGUUCGAUGCCAUCCGAAUGCUGAUCACCAACCGCAUACAUCGGCUGCCGGUCAUCGACCCUGAAACCGGCAACGUCCUCUACAUACUCACACACAAGAGGAUUCUUCGUUUUCUCUUCUUAUACAUAAACGACUUACCAAAGCCAUCGUACCUGCAGAACAAGCUGCGCGACCUGCGCAUAGGCACGCUCAACGACAUAGAGACUGCGACGGAGGACACAUCCAUAAUCGAUGCACUGCGGAAAUUCGUCAACCGACGGGUUUCCGCACUGCCACUCAUUGAUUCUGAGGGACGUCUCAAAGACAUCUACGCCAAGUUCGACGUCAUUAAUCUGGCAGCUGAGAAGACGUACAACAACCUGGACGUGUCGCUGAAGACAGCCAACGAGCACCGCAACGAAUGGUUCGAGGGAGUACAGAAAUGCACGCUUGAUGAGACACUCUUCGACGUCAUGGAGAGAAUUGUUCGCGCCGAGGUGCAUCGUUUGGUAGUAGUAGACGAGAAUGACAAGGUAAUUGGUAUAAUAUCGCUAUCUGAUUUGUUGAUGUACCUCGUGCUGCGUCCCACUGGCGAAUGCGGUGCGGGAGGCACUAGCCUUCGCAAUGAACACGCGUCUAUUGAAGAAAAGGACGAGAACAUAGCCUCGGAAGGCACUUCAAGCGCUGAUGGAGCCUACGCUGUUGGUGGCGACACUGACAGCGGCCAUAGCGAAGCUGUAGGCGGGCAACUAGAUAGUGAACCCGCCAACUCCUCGCACACUGACACAGGAUCCAAGGAGACCAUCGACAGCGCGGCCCAAGAUCCGUAAGAUGUAAUGUGCUUUCUUGAUGUGUUUCUUAGUUUUAGAGCUGGCGUUACGCGAGCGCGGUUUUAUUUAAGUCUGCAUUUCCAUUUUCUUAGCAAUAGCAACUAACUUAUGUAAAUGGCGAUAUAAUUUUCAUCUUGGUUCUAAAGGACUAGUUCCCUAUAAUGUGACCAAUGUUACUGAUGGUUCGUCCAAAACUGUUCUGAUUUAUAAAAUUUAAAUUAAAGAAUAGACCAUCUUUUACGUCUCGACUAUUUAUUUGAAACUGAAUGGAAUAAAAUGAUGAAAUUGCUAAUAUAACAAAUGAACAAAAAAUAGUCGUGGCUUAUUGGAAGGUCCAGCUACUAAAUAUAUCACUUAUGACGAAGCGGCGUCGCUAAUACCAAAGAAUGACGCCCGUAAAAAAUCAUGAGGAUUUCUUGCUUGAAGAAAAGGAACAUCUAUUAGACCAACUAAUAAAUACUUUAUUUAUAAAUUUAUUAAGUGAAAUGUUAAAAUAUGAACCUUUAAAUGUAAAUACAUUUGAAAGAGUUUUAUACUCUUCAAAUACAUAUCAUAAAGAUGAAACCAGAGGAGAGGAAGGCACCUCAUUUUGUGCUUAGAUUGAUUUAAAAUAUGUACCUUUCUAAUGAAUUAACUAAUACUCGAUGGAAUAUUUGUUUCUCAUUCAGUAAUUUUCGAUAAUAAUGGAAUUUAAAAUUUUAUAUUUAUAUUUGUGAAGAUGACUCAAUUAAAAUAUCAGCAAUUUUUUCUGAAUUAGUGUUUUUACAAAGACCGGUAUGCUGAUUUCUUACAAGUGUUGUAUAGUGCCUUCUUCUCCUUUGGUUUUAUAAAAAAAAAAAAUACAUUUUGGAUCGCGACCAUCAGUAAUAUUGUAACAUUAUCGGUGUCGAACAAAAAAUAAAAAAAUAUUUUAUUACUGCAAUCAUAGUAUCGAUCAUUUCUCAUCAGUUGGUUGUGAAAACUUGAAAAGCUGAAUAUUUGAUUUCAAUUGAAAGUGUUUUUGAUAUUUCUUUUAUCUUCAAUUCCACUUUUGAUAUGAUAUUUAUGUGUAUAUUCCGUAAUUGUUUUGUAUAAUUUUGUGUUAUCAUUUCGUGUUACUCCAAUAUUAAACUGGCAUUGAUCGGCGUGGUAACGCGAGCUCGCCGUAGAUGUAUAGUUUAGAUUAUAAACAUUGUGAAUUAUCUACAUGUGACGUGUGCUACAUCUGUCUUAGAUAUAUGUCUCAUCACUAGAGAGCGAAAUUUUCAUGUAUGUGUAAUUCACUCUUUACUGCAUCACAUCUAAAAUCUGAAUACCAGAAAAUUCCGUUCUCUACUUAACCCUAUAAUAGAAUUUAAGUUUUAAUGCAUAGGAACACGGUACAUCUGUGCUUUCUCGGUACCCAGCCAAACACAGUACCUAUAAUAACAGAAUUUGUUUCAUGUCAUCCAUAGUAGUUAUUGUAUACGUCAGUAUGCGUUCAUUGUCAACCACUGGGCGUGGAUAGACGGAAUUUUUGUAGUGACAUCACGUGUUUAUCAUGUAACAUUAAGACAAUUCAUUAUAGUCCAUACUCAAUUUGAACUUAUAUAAAUGUUAGCAAAAGUAAUCACACUUUACUAUUUAAAUGUAAUAGUACCUAAGUAGUGUGCAGAAAGUUGUCUACAUGUACUCUCCCUACACAAACGUAUCCGCCAAACUAACGCUAUUUAGUUUAUAAUUUAUAUUUUUUGUUUGAUAGUAAUUAUUCGAAAAUUGGGAGUAAAUCAACUUCAAGACGUUUGGAGUAGAGAUACGUCAAAUAUCGCAACGUCAUGGUAUUUUACUGUUUUCUUUUUAAGUUUUUUUCUAAAUUAUGUUUUGAAAUGUUAUAACAAAUUAGUUUUCUCAUUUUAGGUACGUAAGUUUUCUUAUAUUUUUGGUUAAAAUUACGCGUAAUGUAAUGUUAGUGUGGUAAUUCGAUAUGUUACUAACAAACAAAAUCAUGUACCGAUGCUUCCCGUAAGUAUUAUAAAUUGUGUUAUUAAUUUAUGAGUAGAGUAACGUUGUAGUAAAGGUAUACUGUUAUAAAUGUUGUAUUAAAUUCAAACAAAUAUUUUGUAGCGACAUUAUUGUAUAGUUGGGAUGAAUUUUCUUGAUACUUUAAAGUUUAAUCCACUUUUCUGUAUAUAAUACGUAGUUCCAAAAGAUAUGAUACAUACAUUUCUUCUUAAUGUUUAUGUGUUAUUUGUUUGAGAGAUGAAGCGCACAUGAUACGGCAUUAUGAGGACUUGAAAUAAAAAUUUGAUUCCGUCAA